AUCCUUAGCGUGUUGCCAGGCACCACCACUUGUGCCUCAGCGCCCAACACCCUGCGCGUAGUCCAAUCUGCCACCUUUUCCUAGGCGGUACUUUUGCCUACCUCUGGCCUGAUAGGAAGUUCAUGUGUCUGGUGCCUCGCUGUGUCAGUGGGUGUACGGAGGCUGGUGGUGCCCUAUACGCCUGCUGCUGCUGCUGCUGCUUCCUGCCGUGUUAGUCUGGUGCACGACAAGCUUGCAGGGACGUGGGUGACAGACAAUGCUACCCCUGGCCUCCUCAAUCCCUGCUGUGCUGGGCAGUUUCUAAUGAAAACACCAAGAAGCAGCAACAAAGUCGCCAGUCACUACCAGUCAGCUGCCAGCCUUGCCUUCAUGCCCCAGUGGCUGCCGUGCUGAAGUGGUAAUGGGACGUGACUGAGCAGUGGCAUCCUGACUGCUGGUGCCACUGGGGACCAGGCAUGGCACUGAAUCUGUGGUGAGUGGAUAUCAGGAGUAGGUCUGUCAAGCAUCACAUCAUGAGUGGACCGAGGAAAAUUGUUCGGCUUCGCCGGCCGCUGACCACCAAGCUGGAGGUGUUGAGGCGUGGUGAAAAAGGAGAGACAAGGAUGGAGAUCUGCAAGGCAAUGGGUCUGCCCAGUGCCACCGUCUACGACAUACUGCUGAAGGCCGAUAGGGUGAAAGCCAUGGCCAAGCAAGCCGGCCUGUUUCAUCUACUGGGGAGAGAGAAAGAGAAAGGUGGUGCUAAAGAUAAGGUGUUGCCAAAGAAUGGAAAAGGUGGUCAUGCCACAAAGAAAGUGUUGAUGGGAAAGGGGAAAGGUGUUGCCAGUCAUAAGGUUUUGACUAGCAAAGUUUCUGGCACCAAAAAAGUUAACUUCAAGACUUCCUCUGCAUUAGGAAAGAAAAACGCCAUCUACUCUUUAGCUACCAAGAUGGAGGUGGUGAAGCGCAUCAGCAAUGGUGAUACAAUGCGAGACAUUGCCUACUCCAUGAACAUCCCAGUGUCCUCCGUGUACGACAUGAAGAAAGACUCGAUGAAGAUCAAGGUGGCGGCCAAGAAGGACACAGCUCUCAAGAUGCUGACCAACAAGAUGAAUGUGACCACCAUGCUGAAUGACAACUGUCAAAGUCUGAUGUCCAAGGCACAGCAGGAGCGGCAGCAACAGCAUCAGAAGCGGCGGCCCCACCCCCUGGCCACCAAGCUGGAGGUGGUGCAGCGUGCCGAGCGGGGUGAGAAAUUAUGUGACAUUGGCCGCGCCAUGGGCCUGGCACACUCCACCAUCCACUUCAUGGUGAAGAACUCCAAGAGCAUCAAGGCUGCUGCAAAAGACAGCUUGCUGCUGGACACCAACACCAAAGUCAGUGGCAGGAAUUCUGAAGACGUCGUCAUGGAGAACAUGGAGCGCUUGCUUAAGAUCUGGGUGAACGAACAGUUGUGCCAGCUAGACAGCGUGAGUGAUGACACCAUCCGGAAGAAGGCUGUAUGCCUGUGGAGGUUUGUACGGCAGAGUGUGGGUUCAGAGGAGGCCAAAGGGGUGGUGGACAACUUCACGGCCUCCAAUGCUUGGCUGCAGCAGUUCAAGGAACGCUUCAUCUACCCGCUGUCUUCAGUCAUAGAAGAAACCAAGGAGUUAUGCAGUGUGGCAGAGGCCAGGGCUGUGGCAGAACGCAGCAGUGCAGUGGAGGCCAAGGCUGCAUCAGAAACCAUUGGUGUGGUGGAGACCUGGGCCGCAGCACACACCUCUGGCCCAAGGCAACUUUCACCUCCCAUUGUGGAGGUGAAGGUUGGGAUGCCAAGGGGCUUCUCCUCCCUGCUGAGGGCCAAGGUUGAGGUGGCAGGCUACACACCCAGGCAGGUCCUCAAUGUGGAUGAGAUGGGGCUGUUCUGGAGAAAGCCACUGGCCAGCACCCUCCUCAGUGUGGACGAGCAGGCGUGCCAGGGCUCCAGGGACCAGUUCUCCCUCAUGUUUGGUGCCAAUGCUGCAGGGGACCUCAAGUUGAAGCCCCUGCUGGUGUACCACACGGAGAACCCCCGCUCCCUCAUGGGCUACAUCAAGGAGUACCUGCCGGUGAUCUGGAGGUCGUCGGCACAGGGCAGGGUGGUGCCUGCAUUGUGCCAGAACUAUGUGGUGGAGUAUGUGUCGCCGCGGUGCAGGGAGUAUGCUGCAGAGCACGGCCUGCAAAACAGGUUCCUGCUGCUGGUGGACAACAGCGCCGCCUUCCCACACUCUAUGGAUGACUGGGCCGACAACAUCGAAGUGAUGUUCGUGCCCACCAUGAGUAAGUCGGUGGUGCAGCCCAUGGAGAAUGGCAUCACAGCUGCCUUCAAGCUGCACUACCUGCAUCGCCUGCUGGCCCACCUUCUGCGGGAAACUGAGGGGGAGGACAAGGAGUCUGUGCUUAUGUUUUGGCUCAACUACAAUGUGAGGAAGGCACUCAACAACAUCAGCAUGGCAUGGGACGACGUGAGCGCCACCACGCUGAAUGCUGCCUGGCUCAGCAUUUGGCCUGAGUGUGUGUACUCCCUCCCUGGCAACAAACUGGCCAGUACUCCCUCUGAGCUGGACGUGGUGACCCUAGCACACAAGGUGGGCUUCCUGCAGGUCACUGUGGAGGAUGUGCAGGACCUCCUCAGGACCACUGACGAGGAUGCCACCACCAGUGACUACUUCCAGUUGGAGCUAGACCAGACCAUGGAAGGCCACAGUGAGGUGGUAGACAGCUCCAAGACCCUGGACAUGACUCUCCUACGCCAUGUGCUGUCCCUAUUUGAGGAGGCCAUGGCAGUGCUGGAGGACAAUGACCCUAACUGUACCAGAAGCUGUGACAUGCGGGGCCUGGUGGAGGAAGGCAUCAAGAGCUACAGGGAGUUGUACACCACCAAGAAGAGGAAAGCAAAGAACACAUCCAUCUUUUAUCCCACCCUGGAGUAGCUCCCGUGGCAGGCAUCACCUUCCCUAGUUAGUGAUGUGUAUGGAGGUGUUGCUUUCAUGAAGAGGUUUGUAGGGUUUUCACCUGUAUUGUAGUAAAGUUAUUACUCACUUUUUACAAAGCUGUCACAAAAAGUAUUGCAUUUUCUGUAGGAUGUUAGUUUUUAUAUGUAGGAAUCUAUUAAAGGAUAAAUGAAAGUUUGUUAUCUUUAUUAGAAAGGAAUUGUGGCACCCCCUGCUAUAGUGAGGUAAGUGACACAGACAGACAAUCAAGAAAAUAGUGUGCACUUCCUUCACUACAGUACUGUGCUGCAAUGAGGUAAAAUACUUGACGCUUGCCUCAGAGCAUCUGCAUUUCCAUUGGCUGGGGGGUGAUAACACCAUAAUCUUUUGUGGUGAUUAGUCCUGGUACUUCUCUCAGGAUAUAUUUCCAUACAGUCUGGGAGGGGAAAAAUUUCAAUUUUCAUUAUAUUCCAACUUUAUGAACUUACAUUUUGGACUUUUCAGAAUGUCAGGUACUUCAUGAACGAGCUUGAAUUGCCCUAUCCAAUGCAUGCGUCACUUACCACACUAUAGCAAGGGGGCACCACAAUUGAACUUUUACAAAAUACUGGAAAACCAUUGCUUGCCUUGCUAGGAAAUAAGGAGUUUUGUAUUUAUUGACACUUAUGAGGUGAAGUGGAAGUUUGUUACCUGAAUUAGACUUAAGCCACAGAACAGAAUUGUACAGUUUUUAAUAAAACCUACUUAAGCAAAAAA